AUGGACUCCCUCCCCCUAGAGCUCGUCUCCCAAAUCCUCACCCACCUCCCCCCCACCGACUACAAAUCCGCCCGCCUCACCUGCCACGCCUUCAACGACGUCCUCGCAAAAUCAACCUUUUCCGUCCUCGCCACCUUCAUCGACCCAACCACCGCAAAGUCCACCAUUGAGCGCAUCGCCUCCGACCUCACCCGCCGCCCAAAGGCAAUCUGGUCCCCCGGCUGCUCCGUCCCAAAGGACCUCCCCGUCGCCGAGAGCUUCCUCUUCGCCAUGCACAGGGCGCUGCGCGGAACGGCCUGGCCUGCCGAGGAGGAGCUGGCGGCGUGGAAUUUCGGACGGACUGUGGGCAUGCAUGACUUGACCGAGGAGAUGCUGCGGCAGGCCAUGUUCCGGUGGGCGCUGUAUCUGAGCUACGUUUACACGGGCAAAGGUGAGGCGCCGCAGCUGUGGGUGAUGAAUUCGAAGAAAUGGGCACUGCAUCAAUGA